CCAGCCUCCCCAAGGAGGCCUAUAUGUGCAAACUUUGAAGGCGAAAAAAAAAAGAAAUAAAAGUGUAAAUCAUUGGGGUGCAAUGGCCAUUGCAAAGAGCGUUGUUCUUAUCUUGCUCUUUGCAGUGGUCUGCAGUGUGGAGGGAGCAGUAAAACGACCUAUUGUUGGUCCUGACAUGUUCAAGAAUAAAAAUGUGGCUAAGGAUAAGCUACUUCCUGGCGAGCAAAUAUUUAACGUCAUGGAUUUUGGAGCCAAAGCUAAUGGCAAGUUCGAUUGCACCCAGGCGUUCAUGGAUGCAUGGCAAAAGGUGUGCCAUACGACGGGGCCAGCGAGGCUUUUUGUUCCUGAAGGCAGAUUCCUGAUUUCAUCGAUGUAUUUCAGUGGACCAUGCACUGCUCAACCUCCAAUAACAAUUCAAGUAAAAGGGUAUGUGAUGGCUACCACGGAUAUUUCCGAGUACGAAAACGGAGACUGGCUCAUAUUCCAGAAGCACAAUGGGUUGAAGAUUAUUGGCGGGGGAACUUUCGAUGGCCAGGGAAAACAGUCCUGGGAAUACUCCGAGAAAUGCGAAUCAGGUGAUGACGGUGCUUGCGCCAGGAAUCCAAGCAGCCUUUUCUUCAGCGAUAGCAGCAACGUGGUUGUACAGGGCAUAAGGACUGCGAAUCCCAAAGGCUUUCACAUAUUCGUUACCAAAUGUUCAAACAUAAGAUUGAGAAAACUGAAGCUGGUUGCCCCGGAAACCAGCCCCAACACCGAUGGCAUUCAUGUCAGCCACUCUGACACCGUGAUUAUGUCCAGAAACACCAUUGCAACAGGGGAUGAUUGCAUCUCUAUGAUACAAGGAGUGAAGAAUGUUUUCAUCAACAGACUCAAGUGUGGCCCUGGCCACGGUAUAAGUAUCGGUAGCCUUGGGAAAUAUGAGGAUGAGGACGAGGUGAGAGGCAUUCGCAUCCAGAAUUGCUCAUUGAUCAACACAACAAAUGGUCUGAGAGUGAAAGCAUGGCCUGAUAGAUAUCCAGGUGCAGCCUCAGACAUUAGCUUCACUAACAUUGACAUGGAAAAUGUGAAGAAUCCUAUCAUCAUUGAUCAAGAGUAUGAAUGUGAUCCAGACUGCAAAAAGAAGCCAUCACUUGUAAGGAUCCAAAAUGUUCAUUUCCAAAAUGUGAAAGGAACAACAACUUCACCACUUGCAGUGGACUUAAGGUGCAGCAAGCUGUUUGGGUGCCAGGGUGUUACAGUUAGAGACAUUGACCUCAAGUUUGGAGAUGCCCCAACAACCGCAAGAUGUGUCAAUACUCAACCUCUCUUUGCUGGUUUGCUAAUGCCCCCACCCUGCGCAUAGAUGUGUCAUCCCUUAUUGUUCCAUCACACCAUCAAAUUUCUAAUCAUUUUUAGAUCGAGCUAUAACGGAUGCUAGGAGCAUGUAUGUGUGGGGGAAAUUAUUCUUGUUUUUUUUGAAGAAUGGUUUUCAUUCACAGUUGAUUCAUUAACUAUAAAUCAAGUUAAAAAAACGCCUUC